UGAAAACGUUCCGGAGUUAGGAACAGGACAGUUGUUAGCUAACAGAUUUGUUUGUUGUGGUCGUAUAAUAUUAAAUAUAUAUAGUGGCGUUUUUUAAUGGCUCUGUUCACAGACUAGUUAACUAUCUAAGUUUAACUGUGUGUAAACAGAUGCUGUCCAUACAGUGUGUUCCUGCCAAGUGAGGCUGCUGUCAGCUGUUGGAACUACAGCUUCUGUGGCUGUCAGCACAGCAGGAUGUCAAGCAGUGGGAACCAGUCCUGUCUGAAGGGAGCAGAGGACAUUGUCUCCUUCCUGGUGUGUGUGUUUCAUGAGUGGGAGGAAUGGGCAGGCCUUGGUCAGUUGGAGGACUAUCUGAGUGUUUUGGAGUACCUGCUGUGGGUCUUCACCCCUCUGGUCAUCGUCUUCAUCCUGCCCUUCCUCAUCGUCAUCCUCCUUUACCUCUCUAUACUCUUCCUUCAUGUCUACAAGAGGAAGAAUCAGCUGAGGGAAGCUUACUGCAACAACCUGUGGGAUGGAGCCAGGAAGACCCUGGCUACUCUGUGGGACGGACAUGGAGCCAUAUGGCAUGGUUAUGAGAUCCAUGGGAUGGAGAAGAUCCCUGACAAAGGAGCAGCACUGAUAGUGUACUAUCAUGGAGCCAUUCCCAUCGACUACUAUUACUUUCUGGCCAAUGUUAUCAUCCAGAAGGGACGGCCCUGCCACUCUGUAGCUGACCACUUACUCUUCAAGAUCCCAGGUUUCAAGUUACUGUUGGAGGUGUUCAGUGUGAUCCAUGGUCCUCAGGAAGAGUGUGUGCGGGCUCUGAGGAAUGGUCACCUGCUGGGGAUUUCUCCAGGAGGAGUGCGAGAGGCUCUGUUCAGUGACGAGACGUACCCUCUCCUCUGGGGCAAACGCAGAGGCUUCGCUCAGGUCGCCAUCGACUCUCAAGUGCCAAUCAUUCCAAUGUUCACGCAAAAUGUGCGGGAAGGCUUCAGAUCUCUGGGAACACUCAGGUUUUUCCGCUGGCUGUACGAGAGGUUCCGCCUCCCUAUUGCUCCGGUUUAUGGUGGAUUUCCUGUGAAGUUUCGGACUUUCCUUGGUGAUCCCAUCCCAUUUGACCCCAACCUUAACGCUGCAGAGCUGGCAGAGAAAGUGCAGCAGGGAGUUCAGUCUUUGAUAGACCAGCACCAGCAGAUCCCAGGGAACAUCCUGAGAGCCUUGUUGGAGAGAUUUCACUCCAAGCACAAAGACCAUUAACACCAGAAGUACAACAGAGACCAGCGAUCCAGUGUGGGACCAAAAGGACACAUUGGCUCAGAUGGUUUGGUGGCCUAACUUGUUGGAAUAUUUGCACAGCUCUCUUCCCUGCUUCCAAACACCACUGACUGGCUGCUGAGGUUCCUUCACACACAUGCUCUUUGUAUUGCACGCUUCCCACAUGUUUCCUUGCGUACAUGAACUCCUUUUUCCAUCGGAUGAAUCUGUUAAAUGCUAGACUUCCAGAAUUUGUGACAUUGGACUUGACAGUAGUCAAAGACGACAUAAUGAUUCAUUACUGACGUGCACAAUAUGUUCUUACAUGUUUGCCUUAAUUAAUUACUGUGCGGUCUGUUAAAGAUGGACUUUAGUUCUGUGGGCUGGUUGGUUGGUUAAACUUCUGGUUCGAUGUAGAUGUUCUCAGUUUAUAUUUAUGGGAUUCAGGCAAUUUCUUCGUUACAACUUGUGAUAAAAGUACAUUCAUGUGAGCAAGAGAUAGUGUUGGUUAGUCAAUACAUUAGUAGUUGUGUCCAUGCCUAUAGAUUACAGUGACUAUACAGACAAUUGCCUGUAAUGAUAUACUUAACAUCACUGAGUUUGCACAUCUUCAGUUCCACUUGACUUGGAGCAAACAGUGGAACACACACACACACACACACACACACACACACACACACACACACACACACACACACACACACACACACACACACACACACACACAGUAGAUCAGCUGGACCCAGUGGUAAAGGCUUUUCUGUUUUUAUUUCUUUAAGUUGGAGAUCCAUGUAUGCACAGUAUCGUAGUUGCCCCAGGUUACUGGAGUAUGACAUGAUAACACAACAUGAUGUACAUGAGAUUGUAUAUAAAGUCCCACACACUAUAGAAAACAGCAUUUUUUAAUAUAGAGAUGACACAGUGUUCAUUGUAUUGACUUUAUACAUAAAUUCCAGUGUUUUCCCUUUUCCUUUCAUUUAUACAGGCAUGCAGAUAAUGGUCACGCUUUAUUCAUAAGGCUCUUACUUUUAGUUAUUUCCUGGAAAUUGUCCCAUCAAUUUAAAUAAUAAUAAUCGUCUGUGUCCCCGUCAAUUCUGCACACACGACUUAUAAAGGGCUAUUUAAGUUGGCAGUAUAAUUGAGCGCAAAGAAAGUUAAUCGUGGAUAUCAAUGAUAUGAUCUCUUCCAGCACCAUGUAUACAGUUGAAUGAGCAUAUCAUUAUAAUUAGUUGCUAAUUAAAAUGAAAGCGUAACUUAAUGAACCUGUAAAGAUGCGUCAGGCCCUCAGUAAUACAGAGUUGUAGUCCUUUCACUAAACGUGGUUCAUCUCACACUACAGUACCUUCUCACUGAUGAAACAUUAAUACACUGCCAGCGACAGGCGGAUGUGGUGCCUUUAUGUACUUAGACAGGCUGGACAAAAUAACCAGAACACCUGAGUCAGGUGUUUAAUCAUCGGUAGUUUAUGUUGUAUACAAUGACACCAUACUCUCAGGUGUUUCUACUAUUUUGUCCCUUUUUCUAUUUAUAUUUCCAAUAGAAUCAUUAGGCUUUAAAAUGAACCGAACAUAUUUCAGAGAACUCGUGGUAUGAUUAUUUCUUAUUUGUAUUGUCAGUGAGCCGUCCACUGUUAGCUGAGGGAUUGUCUCUCAAAUGUCCAGGUGUGUACGGACUCUUGGGGUUGUCCGUGUCAGACCGUCUCUGGUUGCUUACCUCCACAUGUAAUACCUUUUUAAUAUUUUAAUUUUCUUGUAGCGGUUUCCAUUUGCUCAGAAGCAAGAGCAACCAUCUUGUUCUGAAACUUCUGAAAGACGAUUGCAGUAACUGUGAUUAUUUUCUGCUCUCCUCUGUUUUAUCUGGAUGUAAACUGCACAUGUGAUAUUGAACUGUUGGCCGGGCACUUUCAGCUUUCUUUAAAUCCUGCGGCUGUUCCAACAGCUCAGAAGUGAGAGCUGGAAGCUGUCACUUCAAAGAGUUUCCCUUUGAGUGAUUCUAAGAUGCAUACAUUAAAAGCCUUUGAAGCAGGCUGGUAUAAAGUUGUAAAAUAAUAACAAAUAAUAGAAAAAGCAGGCAACGCAUGUGAAGAAUGUGAGACGAAGUGUUCUGUCCCUCUGGCCUCCAGCCAGGACUUCACUUGACGAGCCUCACAAGUUUAGUUCUGUAUACAUUUGCAACAGCCGACAUCAAUCCUUCAGUAGCGUGUGUGUGUGUGUGUGUGUGUGUGUGUGUGUGUGUGUGUGUGUGUGUGUGUGUGUGUGUGUGUGUGUGUGUGUGUGGACGGACUGUCGUUGUCCACUCACAAACAAGUCUCUUCUCACUGUAAUAUUUAUCAUAUCCAUACAGAUACUGAUCUUUCACUUUAUUGUGUGAGUAUGUAAAUAAUGUGUUUUGCACACGUGGUCGUCACUGCCAACUCAGAUUAUUUUAGCAUUUUUAAACAUGUUUGGUUUCGUGAGACCGUCUUUUCUUGAGUGACGUCUAACUGGGUGCUUUUCUUCUGUGAACUUGUUGCCUUUUUCCAUAUGUUGUUGGUUUCCAGAUGAUCUAACAUUUAUUUUUAAAUUAUGACAAUAUUUAAAUGUUGCACUUUUAAAUAUUGAGAUUCUCUUCAACCAGUUAAUAAAUCUAUUUUAUUAAGAU